CACAAACAAUUGAAAAAAAAAAAGAUUUAAAGGGUUUUUUUUUCUUCUUCUUCUAUUUCCCCUUCUCCAAGUUCAAGUUCAGAGAGAGUUUGUUACACAGCUCCUUCAAAGAUGAGUCAGCUCGCGCUUGCAAGAUCCGGUGGUUACACCGCCGCCGUCAAAUUCCUCCCUAUGCUUUCCGCUGCUGUUCCCAAGAUACUAUCGUCACUCGCCGCCGCCUCCACUACCACCUCCGUCCGUAACUUCAGCUCUACCGGAAGUCCUCUCACCAAUUACCAAAUCAAGAAGCCGUCACCGUCUCCGUCGAAAUCCUUUGCCUCCAGGUUUCUUCAUCAAUCUUCCGGAGCUGCUCUGCCGCAACAGUUCUCCGGCGUUCGCAACUUCUCCUCACCCAGCAGUUCUUACGACAGCUACCACAUUAAUCCGCCGUCUAACUGGGGGAUCAGAAUAGUGCCGGAGAGGAAAGCUUGUGUGAUUGAGAGGUUUGGUAAAUACGUCAAGACUUUGCAGUCGGGGAUUCACUUCCUCGUUCCGCUUGUGGAUCGUAUUGCUUAUGUUCAUUCUCUAAAGGAGGAAGCCAUUCCUAUUGGUAAUCAGACUGCGAUUACAAAGGAUAACGUUAGCAUUCACAUCGAUGGUGUUCUAUACGUUAAGAUUGUGGAUCCUAAGUUGGCCUCUUAUGGUGUUGAGAAUCCAAUCUAUGCUGUUGUCCAGUUGGCUCAGACUACAAUGCGUAGUGAGCUUGGGAAAAUUACUCUUGACAAGACUUUUGAGGAACGAGACACUUUAAAUGAAAAAAUUGUGGAAGCCAUCAAUGUUGCUGCACAAGAUUGGGGUCUUCAGUGCCUUCGUUAUGAGAUCAGGGAUAUCAUGCCUCCUAAUGGAGUGAGAGUUGCUAUGGAAAUGCAAGCUGAAGCUGAACGUAGAAAGAGAGCCCAGAUUCUUGAGUCUGAAGGAGAACGGCAAGCCCAUAUUAAUAGAGCUGAUGGUAAGAAAAGUUCUGUAAUCUUGGAAUCAGAAGCUGCAAGGAUGGAUCAAGUCAAUCGAGCACAGGGUGAAGCCGAAGCAAUAUUAGCUAGAGCACAAGCAACAGCUGAUGGACUGGCCAUGGUGUCUCAAUCCCUCAAGGCAACUGGUGGAAUGGAGGCUGCGAGUUUGAGAACUGCGGAGCAAUACAUUAAUGCUUUUGGCAACAUUGCUAAAAAGGGUAACACAUUGCUGCUUCCGAGUGCUGUUGACAACCCUGGUAGCAUGAUCGCUCAAGCUUUAACAAUGUACAAAUCCCUUGUCAAGAAUGGUCCCAACAGUGGUUUCACGGAUAAUGCAGCAGCAGAAUCCUCUACCGACUUGGUCGAUGGCAAACUUGAAUAGAAGCUAUGGUAGCUGAACCUAGUGAACAAAUUCUUUUGAAAUGUGAAGGCUUAUAGCCAUUAUCAGUUUUUUUUUUUUUCUUUUCAUAUAUGAAACAGUUAUCUUACCUUAUAACCAACCAUUUUGCAAACUAGAAAACAGAUCUAAACUCAAUUGUCUAAAAGAGGUUUUCCACCAGAUUUUGGUCCUAGUGUUUGCUUCUUUAUUUCAA